AGCGAUGCUUACGCUAUUGUCUGCUCUCCGUAUGAAAUUUGUUUUGUUUUAUUUUACGUCGUAAUACUCGUCGAGUCUAAGAGUUGAAAACUACGGAGCAGAAAGGCACCUCCUCAAACCUAACCCAUUCUACUGACCUAGAGCUAAAGGAACAGCUCGAGAUCUCGCGAGACCAGUUUCGCUUGGGCACCCCCGCCCCCACCCUGAGGCCCAAGUGCGCAUGUGUGGGUCGCCGGGAAAGUGCUGCAGUGGCUGCCGGGAGAGGGAGGAAGUCAGGAAGUAAACAUUGGCGAUCGUCUUCAUUCUUAUCGAACUGUACUAGGGUCAGCAGCGUUGGGACCGGGAGGCCAGAUAACCAUGUCAGCUGCAGCUGUGGAUGCAGCUAAUGCAGCCCCCUUGUCGGGGUCCAAAGAAAUGAGUUUGGAGGAACCAAAGAAGAUGACUAGAGAGGACUGGAGAAAGAAGAAGGAGCUUGAAGAACAGCGAAAAUUGGGUAAUGCCCCUGCAGAAGUUGAUGAAGAAGGAAAAGACAUCAAUCCUCAUAUUCCUCAGUAUAUUUCUUCAGUGCCAUGGUAUAUUGAUCCAUCAAAAAGGCCUACUUUAAAGCACCAGAGACCACAGCCAGAGAAACAAAAGCAGUACAGCUCAUCAGGAGAAUGGUACAAGAGGGGUGUAAAAGAGAAUUCCAUAACUACUAAAUACCGAAAAGGAGCGUGUGAAAACUGUGGAGCCAUGACACACAAAAAGAAAGACUGUUUUGAGGCAAAACGAACACUGAAAGCUCAAAAACUCCAAGAAGAAUUAGCCUCAGGAAAAUUAGUGGAACAGGCUAAUUCUCCGAAACAUCAGUGGGGAGAAGAGGAGCCGAAUUCUCAGACGGAAAAAGAUCAUAACAGUGAAGAUGAGGAUGAAGAUAAAUAUGCAGAUGAUAUUGACAUGCCUGGACAGAAUUUUGACUCUAAGAGACGAAUUACUGUCCGGAAUCUCAGGAUUCGAGAAGAUAUUGCAAAAUAUUUGCGGAAUUUAGAUCCAAAUUCUGCUUACUAUGAUCCCAAAACUAGAGCGAUGAGAGAGAAUCCCUACGCGAAUGCUGGAAAGAAUCCAGAUGAAGUCAGCUACGCGGGGGAUAACUUCGUUAGAUACACAGGUGAUACCAUAUCAAUGGCCCAGACACAAUUGUUUGCUUGGGAAGCCUAUGACAAAGGGUCUGAAGUGCAUCUACAAGCAGAUCCUACAAAACUAGAGUUAUUGUAUAAGUCCUUCAAAGUCAAGAAAGAAGACUUCAAAGAACAGCAGAAAGAAAGCAUCCUGGAAAAGUAUGGUGGUCAAGAACACUUGGAUGCUCCUCCAGCUGAAUUGCUUUUAGCUCAGACUGAAGACUAUGUGGAGUACUCCAGACAUGGGACAGUCAUCAAAGGACAGGAGCGGGCUGUCGCCUGCUCCAAGUAUGAGGAAGAUGUGAAGAUCAACAAUCAUACACAUAUCUGGGGAUCUUACUGGAAAGAAGGCCGAUGGGGAUACAAAUGCUGUCACUCUUUUUUCAAGUAUUCCUAUUGUACUGGAGAAGCUGGGAAGGAGAUUGUUAAUUCAGAGGAGUGUAUUAUAAAUGAUGCAACUGGAGAAGAAUCUGUGAAAAAACCUCAAACCCUCAUGGAGAUGCAUCAGGAGAAACUAAAAGAGGAGAAAAAGAAGAAGAAGAAGAAGAAGAGGAAGCAUCGGAAGAGCAGUUCAGAGAGUGAUGAGGAGGAAAAGAAACACGAGAAGUUGAAAAAGGCACUGAAUGCAGAGGAGGCCCGUCUUCUUCACGUCAAGGAGAUCAUGCAGAUCGACGAGAGGAAGCGACCUUACAACAGCAUAUAUGAAACUCGGGAACCCACUGAAGAGGAAAUGGAGGCCUACAGAAUGAAACGUCAGAGGCCAGAUGACCCCAUGGCCUCCUUCCUCGGACAGUAGUAACUCAUCACUGACGGUGACCCAAGAUAGACUCUGCUAAUGCAUUCUUUUAGAUUCUUGCUGUUGAUUAUUGAUGGAAAACCCCAUAUCUAUUCUCGUUAAAGUCAGGAAGCAAGGAGACUGCCUAAUAAAGCAUCCAAAAGUCUCAUAGUAAAUUCAUUCCUUUACACAGUGAAGAACAAAGAAGAAGAAAUAAAGUGGUACAUUAAGUGCAGAUUAAGAUUUUAUUUCAGAUUUUAUAUUAGUGAUGUGGGAAAAGAUCUUAGUUCUCCAUCUAUCAUGAAUAUCUUCUCAACAUUUAUUUAUUAAGUUUCAAACUUUAUUUCCUCAAUUUUUAUGGCCCUUUAUCUAGUGUUAGGACUCAUUGUGAAGGCCAAUUAGUUACUCUUUCUUGAAACAAGGGCUUCAUUUUUUUUUUUAGUUAAUAGUAACUAUAACUGUAGUUAUUUAAUAAUCAUUUCUUUUUGCCUUCUCAUAUUUUUCUGAUCUGAAACUGAUAACCUAUCUUGAGCUUUGGAUUACUGGAAGGAAAUCUGUAGAACGUGUGAAUAACUUUAUCCCUGAUGUCAAGUCUGUGUAGUAAAAAUUCUGUUUCCCACUUGGCUAUAAAAUUUUGAUUUUCAAAACAUUUCCUUGUAUCUUAUACUCAGAACUAAAUGUAUUAGCCUUUGAAUGGGGAAAAAAGGUUUUCACCCUGAGUCAGUGUUGACUGAUCAGUCCUAGGUGUUUUACCAUUCUGGACAGGAGUAUUCAGAUACAGAAAUCCUCUCCUUUGUCACAGAGGAUAUGGUUUGUGAUAUUAAUUGCUAUUUUAAUUGUGAUUGCCUUUAUAUAACAGUCAAGAAUAUUAGAUUUUUUAAAGAUUGUAGAGUAUCUCUUGUACCUAAUCUUUAUAGCCAGCAGGUGUCUCUCGAUAAAAUUUGCAAAAAGUGAAACCUGAGGUUGAAGGUUUCUUCAGAAUAUUACAAGCAGAGCCAGUAGGGCUAUUAGUAUCUGAGAAUGACAUGAUUUUUAAGCUUCUUCUAAUAACAUUGGGAAGAUAACACUGACAGAGUGGGAUCGGUGAAAACAAUCUGUUUAAAACCCCUGACACAAGUACAUUGACUUUUAACAGUUCACUGGCUUUUCCAAACUACCAAAUCCCACUUGAAUAUUGCAUUAAGUUAACAUCUCAGAAAUACUGCUGAUGGGAAAGUUAACUGAAUCAAACUGUCAAGUACUGUGGAUAUACAUUGUAUCUAAAUUCAGACCAAUAUGAAAUUAAAACAGUGAUGCAAACAAAUCUAAUUCUUACCUACUUUAAGAAUGUCAAAAAUUUAUGUUUUCAUAUUCCUACCUUAACAUAGGCUGGUUCAGUGUAAAAUCUGAUAUUAUUGUCUACUUUGUAUUUUAUUUAUCUUUUGUUAAUAAAGAUAUAUAAUUGAAAAUAUUUAA